GGAAUGGAAUGGAAUGGAAACAGUCGUUUGCACAUCUUCACUUGCUUGCUUGCUAUCUAUCUAUCUGUCUUUUGUAAACCUCUCUUUUUGUUUAGACCGAUGGCUUGGUUAGUUGGCGGUUGGUAGUUGAUGGGUGGAUGUGUGUGCGCGCUUUGUCUGCCGUUACAUUGCGUUCCUAUGCGUUGGUCUGAUGGCAGACGAUGGAGAUGAAGGGGGAUGAAGGGGCGCGAAGCAAACGCACCAACUUCUUGCGUUGCGUAGUUCUAGUCUGUCUGGGACCUCGACAUAUAUAUAAACCUGGUUCUGGUAUCUGUUGUAAUAUCACUCUUUCGACUUUGUUCAAUCUGCACUUUUCUUUUCUUUUCUUUGCCCAGAUGAUGGGGGUUGGCUUGUGUGUGUGUGUGUUUUCACUCUUUGCUUUCCAUUCCAUAGUCUUGCUUCGAUCACUAACAAUCGGGGGGAGGGGAAGGAGAUUUAUAUGCUUUGUUUUCGCGAAUACACGUAUUUAUACGACAUUUUUUUGCUGUCUGCGUAGAGAGAGAGAUUGGGCUGCGCGGAAUCUUGAUACCUCGUAUUUUGUUCUUUCUGGUCUUGGUGUGUACGGACGGACGGACGACUUUGUUGCGUGGGGUGUGGGGUGCUUGUAUGCUUGUAUAUAUGCUGUGCUGGGCUGUGCUGGGCUGGGCUGAUGGUGCGGGUUUUCUUCCUUGCACGACUACUUGGAAUCUCGUCGGUGAUGCGGGGAUGAGAGGGGCUUGAUGGGUGUGUACGUUUAUCUUGGUUCUAGCAGAGGAGAGGGAGGGAGG